UUUGUUGCUGCCCUUAGAAGGACUUAAUGACAUCCAGGACUUUAAGUUGCUUCUCCUGAGUUCAAGCAACGCAAGAUGGUUUUGGAAGUGCUGAACCCAAGGCAUUAUAACAUCACCAGCAUGGUGACCGAAGUUGCGCCUGUUGCCAGCAUUGCAAUCCUGCUGCUCACUGGCUUUCUUCUCUUGGUUUGGAAUUAUGAGGACACAUCCUCAAUACCAGGUCCUGGCUAUUUUCUGGGAAUUGGGCCCCUCAUUUCCCACUGCAGGUUCCUCUGGAUGGGGAUCGGCAGUACCUGCAAUUACUACAACAAGACGUAUGGUGAAUUCGUGAGAGUCUGGAUAUGUGGAGAGGAAACCCUCAUUAUUAGCAAGUCUUCGAGUAUGUUCCACAUAAUGAAGCACAGUCACUACACAUCCCGAUUCGGCAGCAAACUUGGGUUGCAGUGCAUCGGUAUGCAUGAGAAAGGCAUCAUAUUUAACAAUAAUCCAGCACUCUGGAAAGCCGUUCGACCUUUCUUUACAAAAGCUUUGUCUGGCCCCGGCCUGGUACGCAUGGUGACCGUCUGUGCUGAUUCCAUCACCAAGCAUCUGGACAGGCUGGAGGAGGUCCGCAACGAGUCGGGUUAUGUGGAUGUGUUGACCCUCAUGCGGCGCAUCAUGCUGGACACCUCUAACAAGCUCUUCCUGGGGAUCCCCUUGGACGAAAGGGCCAUCGUGGUUAAAAUCCAGGGUUAUUUUGAUGCAUGGCAAGCUCUCCUUCUCAAACCAGACAUCUUCUUUAAGAUUUCUUGGCUACGCAGAAAGUAUGAAAAGUCUGUCAAGGAUUUGAAAGAUGCCAUGGAAAUUCUGAUAGAAGAAAAAAGACAGAGGAUUUCAACAGCAGAGAAACUGGAAGACUGUAUGGAUUUUGCCACUGAGUUGAUUUUUGCCGAGAAACGUGGUGACCUGACAAAAGAGAAUGUGGACCAGUGCAUAUUGGAAAUGCUGAUCGCAGCGCCAGACACCAUGUCCGUCUCUGUGUUCUUCAUGCUGUUUCUCAUUGCAAAGCACCCCCAGGUUGAAGAGGCAAUAAUGAAGGAAAUCCAGACUGUUGUUGGUGAAAGAGACGUAAGGAUUGACGAUAUGCAAAAACUAAAAGUGGUAGAAAACUUUAUUUAUGAGAGCAUGCGGUACCAGCCUGUCGUGGACCUGGUCAUGCGCAAAGCCUUAGAGGAUGAUGUCAUCGAUGGCUACCCAGUGAAAAAGGGGACUAACAUUAUCCUGAAUAUUGGAAGAAUGCAUAGACUUGAGUUUUUCCCCAAGCCCAAUGAAUUUACUCUUGAAAACUUUGCCAGGAAUGUUCCUUACAGGUACUUUCAGCCAUUUGGCUUUGGGCCCCGGGCCUGUGCGGGAAAAUACAUUGCCAUGGUGAUGAUGAAGGUCACCCUGGUCACACUUCUGAGAGGCUUCCACGUGCAGACAUUGCAAGGUCGAUGUAUUGAAAAGAUGCAGAAGAAAAAUGACUUAUCCUUGCACCCAGAUGAGACCAGCGACCUGCUAGGAAUGAUUUUCAUCCCAAGAAAUUCAGACAAGUGCCUCGACCACUAAAAAAGUUUGGUCAGUCCCUGCCCUGGAGCACUUCUCAACAGUAUUCCACAUGGAAAACACCCACCUUUGCCAGGUAGUCCUCCUCCCAUGAACAACUGUGGCCUCUGGCCUUUUAUACACUUACCUCCUGUGGGGUGUCAGCGGGAGCCGGGAGAUGCCAGUCAUCUGAGCGCAUCCAAACCAGAAACCAGACUGCAGGAGAAAAUACAGAGGCCAAGAUUUGUGCAGGAAACUGCAGCCCUAAAGGCCCAUUCCACAAAACAUGCUUUGGGAAAGACAAGCCAUCAGCAAGACUCACGCCCGACUCCUCACUGUCCUGCACUGAGAUGGGAGCUUUGUAAUGACUGGGGCAGAAGCACUCAAGUCAAUUACAAAGGCCAGGCCAACACUGGGUACCUAGGGCUAAACACACCCACUAGUGUGAAUAAAGGGCUU